AUGCGUUUUCUAGUGCCGUCGCCGCCUCCGUCGCCUGUUCCAGGCGUUAUUGCCCUGGACGAUUUUGCUCCCGAUGAGGGGAAAAUUUUUGAGGUAUUUGAGGACUUCGUAGAGAAUGCGGGGGAGUUCCUCAUGGACGAUGGGGAGAUUGAGGAGGAGAGUGUUUUGGACGAGGUUUUAUCUGGUGAGGAGUCUGAUGAGGAGGACCAGCGUCACGAUUCUCCCGAACUAGAUUUGCCUGGGCCGGAAGUGGAUUUUGUUGUAAAUCCGUAUUUUUUUCGUCGCGUACUUGACGAUAUGGACAUCUUGGACAUCGAGGAUGAGUCUGGUGAUGAACGGGAUUCCGAUUUCGGAGUCCCUAUUGAACGCUACAUUGUGCGUGACGUUUCUCCCGAUGGGGAGGACAAGGAGUUACCUAAAAUAGCGAUUCAACAGCUAAUAGAAAAACUAAUAAUUUUUAUGCCAAUUUCAAAAAGAGUAACUGCAAUUCCUCCAUAUUUACAAAUAUUUACAACAAUUCACUUUGUUGCAUCUGGUUCUUACCAACGAAGAGUAGGACAGGAUUUUUUAUCCUGUAUGAGUCAAACAUCCAUUUCCGUUCACUGUCAUAAUACAAUAAAGGCAUUAAAUGACUUAAUGGGACAAUGGAUUCAAUUUCCAAUAUCGAAUAGAAAAAAACAACAAAUAAAACAAGAAUUUUUUGAAAAAACUGGAUUUCCUGGAGUUAUUGGUGCUAUUGACGGGAGUCACAUAGCUAUUUUUCCACCUCAAAAUGAAAGAGAACAUUUAUUUAUUAAUAGAAAAUUAUAUCAUUCUUUAAAUAUAAUGAUUGUUUCUUCAUAUAAUGGUGAAAUAUUGGCAGUAAAUGCACAGCACGGAGGAAGAACACAUGAUUCUAGAGCCUUUCGUUCUUCAAAUCUUUUUCAUCAUUUAGAAAGCAACAGGAAGCAGUAUAGAAUAUAUUUUAAUGUUUUUUUAGGAGAUUCAGCUUAUCCACUUUUGCCAUUUUUAUUAAAACCGAUUUUGAAUGCACCUGAAGGGUCACCAGAAGCUAAAUACACACAACAUUUUGUUAAAGCACGAUGUGCAGUAGAAAGGUGUAUUAGAGUUUUAAAAGGACGCUGGCGAUGUUUAAGAAAAGAACGUGCAUUGCAUUAUCAGCCAGAAAUUGCAGCAUGUAUUAUUAUUGCAUGUUGUGUUUUACACAAUAUUGCAAUAAAGUGGAAAAUUCCACCAGAAGAAAUAUUUUUGGAUGAAAUAGAUAUUGAGCUACCAAUACCAGAAAAUAUAAAUAAUAAUAAUGCAGAAGAAAUAAGAAGAAAUAUUGUUCGGUGGUAUUUCACAGAAUAG